CGCUUCGGAUUUUCGUAAAUUGUAAACAACUCCGCUAAAAAAAAAAAAAAAAACUAGCAUAAUUACCACCCAUUUGUUACUUUGUUACUAUUACGGUUUAGAAAAACCACACAGACACAUUAUUCGACGGUGAAACAUUUGAAAAGACCAUGGCUCAGCACUUCUUUGGAAAUUCAGGCUCUAUGACAUUGCAGUCAACACCCAAAUCUGGCCAUCACCAUUCUUCAAAGAUGUCAGAUGAUGGUUUUAACUCGACGGGUGAAACUCUGUCAUUUGUUACCCUGAAUGACAGCAAUGAGCAGCAAAGUGAGGACUCGGGUAUCAGUGUUUCAAAAACCUCGACUAGAAGUUCGCCGGGCAACAGUACUAUGGAAGAUGCAGCAGUAUUAUCUCCCCCAAAUUCACAAAUAGAUGAGAUUGGAAAGAAAGCACAGGACCUUAUUGAGAGAAUCAAUGAGAGACGGGCCAUGGACCAACAUGUGAUGAACAGCUUUGAGGAAAAGCUCAUUAAAAAGGUGAGGGAGAUGUGUCAGCAGGUGAAGGAGCAGAUGUUUGAGUAUUAUGAGCAGCACAGUCAGGGCAUGGAGGCCAGCAUCACUGAGCUGUCGGAGGUGCUGGAGAGAAGCAGUCAGCUCAGUAUGGAGCUACAGGGAGCCAGUCAAACCCUGGCUGCCAUCAAUAAAGGCCUGCAGCACAGCACAGAGCAAUAGAUACACAACCAAACUAAUCACACUCUUGACUUAACAUGAGGAAGAGGACACUUUGUAUGUUACUUUAAAGUAAUUUAACUUUAAUGAACCCUUCAAACAUUUCAAAAUGUUUUACAUUUUUGUUUUAAUACCACAGUACGUUAAAGAAAGUUUGAAUGCACAUUAAUAUGCUAAUUUAAUAUGUAUUUGCAUGUCUUGAAAGAAAUGUCUUUUUCUUUAAAAUGUAUUUUUGAUGGAUUACAUGGUUUGCCUAAAGGUCUCUUACUAUCAUUUCUCCUGCCAAUGUGGUAUGGGUAACCGGAUUAUUUGUGUUUCAAUAACUAAGGUUUGAGCUUUGUAGGAUUUAGGCUUUUUCCCACAGCAUUAGUUAUUAAAACUCAUUUAAUCUGAUGUCAAUUCUCUUUAUGGCUUUCUUAGUACAAACGAGCUGCUGUAAAUAGAUACAGAUAGC